AGGCUCCAGGCAGACCCGCCAUGGAUGCGGGAGCAGCUCGCGCGGGCUCCGCGCCCUCCGCGGGCUCCGCGCCCUCCGCGCCUUCCGCGUCCCCCGCGGCCUCCGCGCCUUCCGCGUCCUCCACUCCCUGGGUGCCCCUGGCUGCGCUCAACAUGCGAGUGCGGCGCCGCCUGUCGCUGUUCCUCAACGUGCAGUCGCUGGUGGCGGCCGACUGGACCACGCUGGCCGAGGAGCUGGGCUUCGAGUACCUGGAGAUCCGGCACCUGGAGGCGUACCCCAACCCCACUGGCCGCCUGCUGGACGCCUGGGAGGGCCGCCCCGACGCCUCCGUGGGCCGCCUGCUGGAGCUGCUUGCCAAACUUGGCCGCCACGACGCCUUGGAAGAGCUGGGGCCCAGCAUCGAGGAGGACUGCCAGAAAUACAUUCUGAAGCAGCAGCAGGAAGAGUCUGAGAAGCCCGUACAGGUGCCUGCCGUGGACAGCAGCGUCCCACGGACGGUGGGGCUGGCAGGCAUCACAACGCUUGAUGACCCCCUGGGACAAGUGCCCGAGCGCUUUGACGCCUUCAUCUGCUACUGCCCCAGCGACAUCCAGUUUGUGCAGGAGAUGAUCCGGCAGCUGGAGCAGACAAACUAUCGGCUGAAGCUGUGCGUGUCUGACCGCGACGUCCUGCCUGGCACCUGUGUCUGGUCCAUUGCCAGCGAGCUCAUCGAGAAGAGGUGUCGCCGAAUGGUGGUGGUCGUCUCUGAUGAUUACCUGCAGAGCAAGGAAUGUGACUUCCAGACCAAAUUUGCACUCAGCCUCUGUCCAGGUGCCCAUCAGAAGCGGCUGAUCCCCAUCAAGUACAAGGCGAUGAAGAAGGAGUUCCCCAGCAUCCUGCGGUUCAUCACUGUCUGUGACUACACCAAUCCCUGUACCAAGUCCUGGUUUUGGAUCCGCCUGGCCAAGGCCCUGUCCCUGCCCUGAACACUGCCCCGGGACCCUCGGGGUGCAGGCGUGUGUCUGCUGCGCACCGCUGCCCUUGCCUCCUCCUGGGACUGCAGGAGAAUCUCUGCUCCACUUGCCUCGAGAUUCCUGGACGUGCCGACCCCACAGACACAUCUGCAGCCUCAGCGGCUGCGCUCACCAUCUCAUAGCACGUCUCGUGUCCUGCCCAGAGCCAGUGGCUGAGUAGCGCAUCCUCCUGCAGGAUGAUCCACCAGGACAGUGGAGAGCAGGGCCAGCUGGGACCAAGAGGAGGCCCCGAGGAGCCAGCUCUGACCUGUGCAGACGUCUUUGGCCUCAGUUUCCCCACCUGAGAACUAAGUGGGCUGCAGGUGGGCAGGCAGCAUCUGUGUUUGAAUCACUGUGGGAAAUCGUGAAGCACAAUGCUCUGGGUCUCCUGGGGAGACAGCUUUGCUGAGAGCGAGCUGGCUGCCUGGGCCUCUGGCUGGGCAGUGCUGGGACCACAGCGGUGCUGGGCAGCUGCUUCCACAAUGGUGCCUGCUAAUGCUUCAGUGCCUUGAUGCACACUUGGCUUUCCGCGCUUCUCCUAACCCAAACCCACUCCUGUCGAGUCAAUUCUGACUCAUAGUGACUCUAUAGGACAGAGUAGAACUGUCCCAUAGGGUUUCUAAGGAGCAGCUGGUGGAUUCGAACUGCUGACCUUUUGGUUAGCAGCUGAGCUCUUAACCACUGCACCACCAGGGCUCCACUCUUCUCCUGGUGGUGGGAAUACCCACGGGGCAGGUGGGGAAGCAGACUAGCCCAGAGCUCAGAGAUUUCCCUCCUGGGCCCGCCUCUCAUCUGCCUCAUGGAACCUCCCAGCCUCUGUUCGCCCUUCAGCAGCCCCAAGUCCUUGAGUCCUGCCUGAGCAGCUGGGGCUGCUUUUCACUGGGACCUACUGGGAUUCCUGCAAUCAGGCUCUCAGCUCUGCCUGGCAUGUCCAUCGAGGAAGGAUUCUGGGGCUGGGUCUCCAUGGUGCUGUGAGCAGGAAGCCUUCUUUCCUGGCCAACCCACAGCAAGCUUUCAUACCAGCUUUCUGUACCUUUGUUGCCUUAUGGAUUUGUUUGCUGGGGCCAGUUUACAAACAGUGGCCACAAAAGCGUCUCCUGCCCCGGAGCACACGGGCUCACGGAUGCCUAGAAACGUACACACCUUCCCACACACUCACAGGUCCCGGUACACGCACGUUUUCCUGGGUACAGCUCCUAGGAAUGGCUGUGUGAAAAAGGCCCGCUGUCGAGGGGGCCAAACCAUCUCCCUGGACAAAGACGGGCUGCUCUUGUUCUCCUUUAUGCUUUCUGAAUGGGGUCACCUCUGCGUCUGUUUUCCCUACUCCUUGAAACCAGACUUUGGAAAGGAACCAAUGUGCCAGCAUUUGCACCUUCAGAGCAGAGGAGAGCAGCCCAAAGUCAUACAAGUUAGCGCAGACAGCUGACAGUGUUCCUUCUCCCGGGGAAACUUGCAGGUCCCUUCAGUUCUUCAGGGAGAGAAUGGCGUGGCCUCGGGUCUCUAAAUCCAUUAGCAAGUGCCUGUCUUCUGUGCUCUGCAUCCAGGGGCUGGCGCAGGGUGCACCCCUUAGGAUCUCUGCCCAGAGGGUUCAGGAACACCUGAUGUCCGGGAAGCGCUUAGCGGCCAUCCCCCACCCCCUCCGAUAAAGAGGAGGUUUUACAGCAAUUUUAGGGAAGCGUCUUCCACUUUUGUUCUGUAUGCAUUGUGAGACUCUCAGAGACAGCUGCCUCUGUCUGAGCGCCUGUGUGUGUCAUUCCUGCUCCUGUAUUUGAGGUUUACAGUAAAGAAUUCCCUGCUUUGGGAACAGCAGGUCUCCUUUGUGUCUGAACGGAGGUUGGGAGCAGUAAUGGGGGGCAAGC